AUGAUAGACCCCAUCGUUGGCAAGCUCUCAAAGGAGUACGAAGGAAAGCUGAAAUGUUACAAGCUAAACACUGACGAGAACCCCGACAUCGCGACCCAAUUGGGCAUCCGGAGCAUCCCCACCAUGAUGAUAUUCAAGAACGGUGAGAAGAAGGACGCUGUGAUUGGAGCCGUGCCAGAGAGCACCCUGGUCACCUGCAUCGACAAGUAUGUUGGUGGGAGGUGA